AUGACGCUACGUACUCGCGUACGAGUCUUCUUGUCGCACAUUGUUUCUCCUGUACCCGAGUUCUCCCCUUCUCCCUCUCAUGGUUCUCACUCUCAUGAUUCUCUGCGAUUCCCAAGCCGACAGGCUGUGAAUUCUGCGCAGGCUCAUCCACACGGUGCGAUUUACAAGGCAUGGCUAGCAUCUAGGACCAUUCCUAAUGACACGGGUGCAUAUCUGACACCUGGCGCCCACCGUUCUCUGUCCAAAUCCAACGUUAGACUGGCUUGCACGAUUAUGCAAUCAUGUGCCGUCGAUUUAUUCAGACUCCUAUGGAGCCUCCACCCAUGGCGGACCGCCCUAAUGGUUACCCUUGAAUUAAUCCGCGGUAUUUUCCCGGCUUUCAGAGGCUAUUCGCAGGCUCUGCUCAUUAACGAGCUACAAAACCUCAUCUUUUCUGGCCAUUUUACUUGGUCGCGGUUGUCCAAGUUAGUUGCAACCGAGAUCGUCAGAGCAGGAUCCGAGAGCCUCAUUGACUCGAUCGCGUCGUCGAACGAGAAUAUUGUCCAUGGUUCUGCACGGCUCCGGGUUGAGUAUCAACAGAUGGAGCUGCGGCUCCGUCUUGACAUACCGACUCUCGCUGAUCCCCUUGUCCGUGAUUUGCUACAUGAAGCCGACCUGUUCGCGCGGUCGUUCAGUGGCAUGUCGAGCUUUGGCUUGUUCUCGACGCUGGACUUCAUGCGAAUCCUCACCCUCGUAUCUGAGCUGAUCUCUCACGUUCUGGUUCUAUCUUCGCUUGCGUUUAACGGGGCACAUAUCUCUGUGCUGCUCAUAUCUAUUCUGUCAUCAGUCUUACCUUUCAUUCUACGUUCCAGCAAUGGUCGAUCAUUUUUGGACGACCUUGCUAAACCUUACGAAGCCCACAUGGCUGCUAAGCAAGAAAGAAUGCGCAUCCUGGCGCAUAGUGAUUCGUAUCGUCCGGAGGUUAUUUUAUUCGGCCUUGGACCUUGGAUUCUGCGUUCGUGGGCUCGGGCUCGGAAAGCCAUGCUUGGUCUGGAGGGCUGUCACUCCUCAGAGGAGUCGGAUGUUUAUUCACGGCUUAUGUCGCAUGUGAAUGUUUCUGGGCUGCUCAUGAUGAUUCAAAACAUACCACUCGUACUUAUCCUCCAAUCGCCUUCCGCCUCAUUCGGAACAUUCACAUUGUACCAAAGCUCCGUUCAAGCACUCUUCUUCACCAUUGGACAUCUGUCGCAGUCAAUUAGAAUGGCGUACCAGGGUAUUUUUCUCAUGGGCGCAUUUUCGGCUGCGAUGUCGAUUCAACCUCGGUUGCAGCCGAAGAAAGAGGUGGCAACAGUAUACCAAAGUUUUACUAAAGGUAUGAGAUUGGAGGCUAGAAAUUUAUCAUACACGUAUCCGGGUUGUAUAACCUCGGCUUUGCAAGGCAUUGACCUGAAUAUAGAGGCAGGUGAAGUCGUAGCAAUUAACCGACAGGAACGGCCGUGGGAAGGUAAAUCAACACUGGCCAAAAUACUCCUGCGGAUCUUGGAUUUUGACAGCGGCGAAUUACUCAUCAAUGGGAUAGAUGUACAGCGACUACGCCCAGAAGAUUAUCACGCCCACAUUACCGCUGUCUUCCAGGACUUUUCCAAGUUUAACGCAUCAGCUCAAGAGAAUAUUGGUGUUGGCUGCAUUAAAGAGAUGCGUAAUAUGGCUGCAAUCGAAUCUGCCAUCCGUUUAGCUGGUGCCAAAAACAUCGUACACUCCCUACCACAGGGUUUAAAAACGAAGCUCGAUGCGGCAAGUCAUGAAGCAGCCAAUACUGCCUUUGCGGAAGCUCCAAGCUGUAUGGCGUCGACUUAUCCGCACCACGGAUUGUCCGGCGGAGAGUGGCAGCGAAUAGCGGUUUCCAGAGCUUUUAUGAGAGCCCGCCGUCCCGAAAUCGAUUUAAUUCUUCUCGAUGAGCCAACAUCGUCUCUGGACGCCCACGCACAAAAUAGGAUCUUCGACAACGUGGAAAAGGCUUCUCGCUCACCGGAUGGCGACCGAACAAAAACUGUGAUCUUUAUUACCCAUCGCCUUUCGACAGCGCGUCGCGCGGACAAGAUCGUCAUGAUGGACAGCGGAACCAUUUCUGAGUUCGGGACCCACCAGGAACUAUUAAGACGUAAUGGCCAGUAUGCUGCACUAUAUCGAGCUUCGAUCUAA